UCCUCCACACCUGGAACACAAAAACUGAUACCAGGGCAGGUUUUUAUAUCCAAUCUGAUUUGGUUACUGUGGAGCUGACAACGUUUGAGUGAGCAUCAUCCAGGCAACAAUAAGGUAAACAAAGCCAUAAAAAGAUAAGAUAUGAAGUACCAGCCAUACCAGGAAGAAAUUUGAUGUGAGAGCACAGCGACGGACACGCCACGUAAAUAGAUCUUUUUCAGUUCCCCGUUACCAUGCUCCAGAAACCUGAGAGGCAGUGGUGGCAGCUCCUGGUCAAACGUGUCCCUGUGGGUUGCCUCAUCAUCAGUACGAUUCUGCUCUACUCUCUUUCAACAUUAAAGAUUGACCUCAAUCCACCAGAGUAAGACUCUCUUACAGCUUUACUCUUCACUUUUAGACAAAAUGUCUCAAACUAUAACAGCAACUUCAGAAAGUGUUAGAAAAAUACAGCAUAUUGAACGUUUUUAGGAAGAUAAGGCACCAGAAAAAUAAUUACCAUAAGUACUGGCCAGUCUGCAGAUGCAUGCAGAAUAACUGCAGAGAUAAAAAUGUGCAAAGAAAUAACACACAAUGCAAAUGACCUUGUUAUAAACUUUUUUGCUAAUCUUCUCAUAUUGGUUUCAACCUUUUUGACAUUUUAUCUAUAGCUUAUAAGCUUUAUCUUCUAACUUCAGCAGCUUACAACCAAAUUAUAUACUUAUUUAUGAUAAUGUGCAGGUCCUUAUCUAUAGAUAAUACGAAACGCACACAUACAUUGGCCUAAAUGUAGCCUGUAACAGACUUCUGGCGCCUGGAAAUGUGGUGUUAAAACUCAGUGUCUGUGCCUCAAUUAUUGUUUUUUUCACUGUCUUUGUGAGCCUUCAACCAAUAUAUUUACUUGUAUUACAAUAAAUUUUAGCCCUUUUAAUAUUCAUCACUAUAGAACUACUACUUCAAUAUAUUCGCUUAAGAGUUUGAAUUUCAUGACUCUCAAGUUGCGGUUUCAUAAGUAGUCAAACAUUACUCUCUGCCUGAACUUUCUUCAACAUCAUCCAUCAUUCUUAUGAGGAAGGUUCCUCCCUUAUGUAGCUGCAUUUGGGAAAAUAGUCAAUAAAAUCUGACCUGAAAUUUGAUUAAACCUCAUUGAGAAGCUUUUUUAUCUUUGGUAAACUGAUUAUUUAUUGACAGUAAUAUAGCCUCAGGUUCAUAUGUGAAGAGGUCACCUAACCGAAAAGUUGAGCAUUAGCUACUCAUAUUUUAAUUGCUACUGAACUUUGUUUGCCAGUAUAACACACAGUAGCUGUUGUAGCUUCAUUUCAGCGUUUUCUGAAACAACAAACAUGUCAGAAACAUGUAAACUUUCAAAAAAUAACUACAAAAGAUUAUAAAAUGAUUUCACCUCAUGCAUCAUAUUGGCAAUGGUAUUAUAUAUGAUAGACCAUGGUAUGAUUCAUAAACUUUGGAAUCAAAGUCCAAUAUACUAUUACGCUACUGUGACUAUUUACUAUAGAUUUGAACCAACUCACAAAACUGUGGUCGUCCUGGAGCAAUCUGAAGAGGAAUCUUACUUCGUCCAUGUGUUCCUCAUGAGCUGAGUUCCUGAAUAUUUUAUCUUUUUUCCUUAUUUUAUCUUUAUUUAUUUCUUCACCACUUAUAAAGUGAUCGCAAGUUCUGCAAAUGCAAAUAAAAAGGAGAAUAUUUGUGACUAGAAAAUAUUGUGUGGUAUGUACAGUAUGUGUUGUGUAUGGCACCUAAAAGUUAGACAAAAUGAACAGUGCUGGAUAACAGUCAAAACAAUAUAUCUUGGCAUUCCAUAAUGUAUUUACUACUUUUGAGCCAUUCUCAAUUACAAGCAUUGGCACAAUGACAGCAUUUUUCACAGCAUUUAAGUGCAACAUGUAUUAACUGUUGUAGUGACAGCUGAUGCGGUGCGUAACACUGUUACGCGGUUAAACACCAGUACACAUUAUAGUUUUCACUGCAGAACUGCAAAUGUGCUAUGACAUUCUGACAUUUUCUAGGCUUCCAGUGCCUCAUUCCUGUGCUCCCCAACCAGACCAGCACAGCACCCAGCCAACCACAAACAGCUCGAGGCAAGACAAUAACAUCUGUGUUCCUAAAGUGGAUAUCAUGUUUAUGAAGACCCAUAAAACUGCCAGUAGCACCUUCCUCAACAUCCUGUUCCGCUUUGGAGAGAAGCACAAACUCAAAUUUGCCUUCCCCAGCGGCAGAAACGACUUCUUCUACCCCUCACCUUUUCAGCACACGCACGUUCAAGGCCACAAAUCUGGAAUGUGUUUUAACAUCAUGUGUAACCACAUGCGAUUCAAUGCACCCGAGGUGGCCAAAGUGCUGCCUAGGGACACUUUCUACAUCACAAUCCUGCGAGAUCCGGCAGAGCUCUUUGAGUCGUCCUUUCAUUACUUUAGUCAUGCUGUUCCUCUGACCUGGAGAAUACCAGGUGAGGAUAAGAUGGCUGAGUUCCUGCGUGAUCCUAAUCAGUACUUCAGCCCAGAUGGAUUUAACUCCUUCUACCUGAAGAACCUACUGUUCUUUGACUUUGGGCAGGACAACACCCUGCAUCCAGACGACCCGCGUGUAGAGGGGAGUAUCAACGUCAUUGCUGAGCGUUUUCACUUAGUCAUGCUAAUGGAGCACUUUGAGGAAUCGCUCAUCCUGCUUAAGGAUGCUCUCUGUUGGGAGAUGGAUGACCUCCUCUUCUUCAAGCUAAACACCCGUAUGGAAUCCACUGUCUCUAAACUGACUCCUGAGCUGAGGGCGAAGGCCCUGCAGUGGAAUGGCAUUGACUGGAAGCUUUACAAACAUUUUAACCAGACCUUUUGGGAGAAGGUGGAGGCUUAUGGAAGAAAGCGUAUGGCAGAGGAUAUCGCAGAGCUCAGGAGGAGAAACAUAGAAAUGGUGGAGAUCUGCAUUGAGGGAGGUCACGCCGUUGAGGCUGGAAGUAUUCAUGAGGCGGCCAUGCAGCCAUGGCAGCCCAUCGGAGAGAAGUCAAUCAUGGGAUACAAUUUGAAAAAAAAUUUGGACAAAGCCUAUCAGAAGUUGUGCCGAAAAAUGUUAACCCCAGAAAUUCAGUAUCUGACAGACUUGGGGGUUAACAUGUGGCUCACUAAGCUGUGGGGACAUGUGAGGAAAAUCAUUAACUGGUGAUGAGAUACAUGACAGACAAGAGCUGAAUGAGCUUUUGAGAGAAUGACUGAAAAUACAUUUGAGAGAGAUGUUUUCAGAAUUUCUGUAUGUACUUUUGCUCUAUAUUACCACACUGAAAUUUCUAUGACCUGACGUAAAAAGUGAUUUUCUAUUGCUAUCCUUUUAUAUUGUAUUUACUUCACUGAUAUGAAGCACCUGAAACCAGCCAAUAUCAUCCAGUGCAGAGCUGCAGUGCCCUCAGUUUCAAGCCUCUUACAGUCCAACCUGUGGCACCUAGAAAAAGUAACAGCAGCAGUUUAGACCUUCAGAUGGAGACAUGCUGAUGUGCAUCAUCUACAGGCAAGGACAGUAAAAAGUUGCGCCAGCGGAAUCCUCUUUUUCAUACUUCUUGAACUUUAUCAGAACUCACUUUAAACAGGAAGGUUCAAAUUUGGUCCUUUGCCUCUUACCAAUUCAGUGUCAAACUAGGUGGCUCCUUCUUAAUAUGUGUAGGGUUUUUACAUCUGAAUAAAACUACUGGUGAUUAUAACUGGACCAUGAGCAUGGAAUGAUGUGCAAAGCUUGACAUGCAAACUGCUUUUUGAGACUUUAUUUUGAAUACCAAUUAAAAGUAUGUAUCUGCUUUAAUAGACCUCUGACAAUCGCUGAUUUUAAAGAGAAAUUAUCAAAGAACAAAGAGACUGAGCUUCUGGUGUAUCAGUCGCAAAUUUGGCAAAGUAGCAAGGGAACGUGUUGCUUCUUUAAUUACAUUUAUUUUCAAUAUCAAAACAGGUUCCCACAAAUGUUUGAAAAACAUAUCACAGAGAAAAACAAACUUCCUUGAAAGUGUGCCAUAACACAAUAGCUGGCGGAUGAUAAUUUCUUUGCUUAAAAAAGUUGACAAACAGCCCAAUCUAAGGUAUGCUUAUGCAUAAAAUCCCACUAGAUCAGUUUCAGCAGAAACAUGUUUUGACUGGAUCAUAUCACUGAAAACUGUGAAAGACAGUCCUGCACUCUUUAUUAUGAAGUCACUAUAAUCCCCUUUUCAACAAAGACCUACAAAGCCAAACAAUAAAAAAAAUACUACCCUUAAAUGCAGUUUUACAGCCCCACCGUAGAUAUAAUUAAAAUUUUUACCACACCACAACCACAUUCCAAAGAAACACUCCUCAAUAACUAUACCAAAUUAUAUUCUUUGAUAUUAGAGACUGCUAAUUAUCAAUUUGUGGGAUGUUUAUGUUAUCACUAGACAUAUGACGAAAGAAUUCAAGUAUUUUGUAUGGAAAUUUGCAUUUCCAAGGAAGAGCCCGAUCAUUACUGCUACCUGGAGGUAAAGAGAACUACUUCUGUUCUUCUCCUCCAUAAAAGCAGAGUGAUAACUGAUCUAAAUAACUACAACCUACCUCCACUAUGUCUUUGCUUGGCAAAAGUUGCACACCAUCAGUUGAUCAUUGACAGACCCUUGUAAAUGAUUGACUGAUGGUGUAUUCUAUUCAAAGACUCAUCAGUCUGGUUUUAGAAUUUAUCGUGUUGCAUAGUUAUUGCCAUUUCUUUGGUCAUUAUUGAAACUAUCUGCAUUAAACAAAGAAAAAGCUUUCCACGACUCAUUUUGCGGCUAUCUUGUAUAACUUUGCAGUUUUGUUUUUUUUUGCUACAGUGGAUUCGACUCUUGGCCAUCACUUGUCUGCCAGUGGUUUAAGAUCUACCUCAUAUAUAUGAAUGUAGAAAUGUGCCAUGUUCAAUCUCAUGGCCAUGACAAAAGAUCACUACCUACACUGUUUGUCUCUAAAUGUGCUAAUCUACAUCUUUAUGCUGUAGUUGUUGUUCUGCUGAGUCGAUACAGUUAGCUGUUUGAGUGAAAUCUGUCCUUCAUGUACUUCCAAAAUAUUUUAACCUCAGAAACACAGACACAUUUCUUUCUCUGUAGGUGAUGUAACUGAGUCCUACAUUUGUUCUGCAAUAUCCCUGCAAUUAAGCCUGCAAUAUAAAGGCAAUGUUGACACUGAGUGAAUUAAGUCCUCUGUGUCAUCAUAGACUGAGCAAUAAAGGCUUCACAAAGAUAAGAGUUUUGCAUGGUUGUUGUAUUGGAUGGCAUUAGAUAGCAUGUGCACCUGAUAAACUAGAGACGGUGUAAACACACAUUUGUUUUCUUUAAUCUCUUAAACUCUGUUAGACCUGAUGGAGGGUCCAUCUUUACAAACUCCAGCAUUGUUCAAUCUAAGUUCUAGUGAGUAUCCCAAAGUUCACAAAAGUACCCAAUAUGUCAGCCUGAAUGAGCAUAGCAACAUAAUGAUACACGUCAUAUAUUUACAGUGUCUGUAAUGGUGCAGCCAGUCAUGAUCGGUUUAUGUAUUUCACUCAGAGUGGGCACCAUAGUUUUAAUGAAGGGUUGCAGCAAUAUAUCUGUGACAUUUGGCAUACAUUUACAGAAACUGAGGGAAUAUUUAAGCAGAAAAUUAAGAUUUCAAGGUCAAAUAUUUCUGUAAUUCUCAGCACCAUCAUGCGUCACUUCAACCUACAUGCUGUCAGCUCAGCAUGUCCACUGAAGCAACUGAUGUAGAAACAUCUGAAUGGUAAUAGUGAAUGGGCAGAGCAUUAAACAUCCACUUUUCCCAAUGUGAUUUUCCCAUAUUUCAAUCCAGUGGCCUUUCAAUAACUGUCAUUUUGGGUGUCAUUGGCAAACAACUUAUUGUGUCAUUUAGGUAUGAGGACCUGUUGCUUGAGGUAUAUGGGGAACCUUUAUAUAUUGGAAGACAUGUAUGUAGUACACAAAUUAAGUUGUAAAAUGUCAAAUAAAUAAAUGACAAAAUAAGUAAAAUGACAAAACCAGGUGUUUGUCUGUAC